AUGGUGAAGGAAAGGAUCGUCCUAGGGCAUAAAAUCUCUGAAAAGGGGAUUGAGGUCGAUCAGGCGAAGAUUGAUAUGAUUUCAAAGCUUUCCCCACCUAUCUCAGUGAAGGGUAUCCGGCGCUUCUUGGGAGAUUCUAGUUUCUAUAGGCGUUUCAUUAAGAAUUUCUCAAAAAUUGCUAACCCGAUGUGUAAGCUUCUUGAAAAAGAGGCUAAGCUCGAAUUUGAUGAGAAGUACCGCAAGGUGAAAGACUGCAAGGGAACUGAGAAUCAGAUUGCUGACCAUCUCUAUCGGCUUGAAGAAGCCGGGAGACCUUCAGAUGAGCUAGACUUUGAUGAGGCAUUUCAAGAUGAGAGGAUGUUGGCUGUGUCAAUGGAGCUGGCACCAUGGUUUGCAGAUAUUGCUAACUAUUUGGUAAUAGGUAUAAUUCUAGAGGAGAUCAAGUCCUACCAAAAGAAGGUUUUGCGGGAUUCUCGACAAUACUACUGGGAUGAGCCUUACUUGUUCAGAACAUGUGCUGAUAACAUCAUUCGGCAUUGUGUUCCCAAAAGUGAAGUGAUGGCUAUUCUAAAGGCAUGCCAUGACUCUCCAGUUGGGGGAUAUCAUAGUGGUAACCGGACUGCUGCUAAAGUUCUUGAAUGCGAUUACUACCAGCCUACUCUCUUUCAUCAUGCAAAUUUAUUGGUGCGGUCUUGUGAUCAGUGUCAGAGGCAAGGGAGUAUAGGUAGAAGGAAAGAGAUGCCAUGA